AUGAGUAGAAGACAUACACCAAAUAUUAUCAUAACAGGUACACCUGGAUGUGGGAAAUCAUCACAUUCACAGAGUUUGGUCAGUCAGUUGAACCAAGAAUUCAAGAAGGACACUACGAUUAAAUUCAAACAUUUCAAUAUUAGUGAAAUUGCAAAAGAAAGAGACUGUAUUGAAUCAUAUGAUGCCAAGUUAGAUACUUCUGUUGUAGAUGAAGAUAAGUUAUUAGACUCCUUAGAACCAGAUUUAGAAGAAGGUGGUGUUAUCGUUGAUUGGCAUUGUUGUGAUAUAUUCCCAGAAAGAUUAAUUGAUUUGGUUAUUGUUUUGCGUACUGAUAAUUCCAACUUGUACGACAGAUUAAAAACUAGAAACUACAACGAUUUGAAAUUGCAAGAAAACUUGGAUUGUGAAAUCAUGGAGGUGAUUUUACAAGAAGCUAGAGAUAGUUAUAUUCCAGAUAUUGUCAUUGAGUUGAGAUCGGAUUCAGCAGAAGAAAUGGAUGAGAAUGUUGACCGAAUAAGCUCCUGGGUCGUUAAGUGGAUGGAAGAUCAUCCAAAUGGUGUAUCCAAUGAAUUGGACAAACAAUAUCACGGCAAUGAUGACAGUGACGAAGAGGAGGAAAGCGGAGAUGAUGAAUACGAAUUAGAACAAGAACAACAAGAAGAAGAGGAAGAGAGAGAAGCCGAAGAGGAAGCAACCAAUGAAGAAAUGGAACAUACAGAAGAUAUAGCCCAGUAA